AUAAACUUUUGACAUGGAACAUAAAAGUGGAGACAAAGUAUGUGUCACAGGAGCUUCAGGAUUCUUGGCUUCUUGGCUUAUUAAGAGACUUCUUUUGUCUGGAUAUCAUGUCAUUGGAACAGUUAGAGAUUUGGGGAAGAAGAAGAAAGUUGAACAUCUAUGGAAGUUGGAAGGAGCAACAGAAAGACUCAAACUAGUCCAAGCUGAUUUAAUGGAAGAAAACAGUUUUGACAAUGCUAUCAUGGGAUGCAAAGGUGUCUUCCACAUUGCUUCUCCUGUACUCAAUCAUAUAUCAGAUGAUCCCAAGUCGGAAAUCUUGGAACCUGCGGUCCAAGGAACGCUAAAUGUGUUGCGUUCUUGUCGGAAGAAUCCAACCCUAGUUCGAGUGGUGUUGGCUUCAUCGUCUUCUGCUGUUAGAGUAAGAGAUGGUUUUGAUUCAAACAUACCACUUGACGAGUCUUCUUGGAGCUCCUUGGAAUUAUGCGAGAAACUCAAGGCAUGGUACCCGAUGUCGAAGAUAAUGGCAGAAAAAGCAGCUUGGGAAUAUUGCAAAGAGAAUGGAAUAGACUUGGUCACUAUUCUUCCAUCAUUCAUCAUUGGACCUAGUUUGCCACAAGAUUUAUGUUCCACUGCUUCUGAUGUUCUAGGCUUGUUCAAAGGAGAAACUGAGAAAUUUCAAUGGCAUGGAAGAAUGGGAUAUGUUCAUAUUGAUGAUGUUGCACUUUGCCACAUCCUUCUUUAUGAGAACAAAGCCUCUCAUGGUAGAUAUCUUUGUAGUUCUACAAUAAUGGAAAAUGAUGAAUUGGUUUCCAUGCUAGCAACUCGUUAUCCCGGUUUUCCGAUUCCUAAAAGGUUCAAGAAACUAGAUAGGCCACAUUAUGAAUUAAACACAGGAAAGAUUGAGAGUCUUGGAUUCAAGUUUAAAUCUGUUGAAGAAAUGUUUGAUGAUUGCGUUGCUUCGUUUGUGGAGGAGGGUCAUCUUACUCUUCCUCACAACACACGUCAUAUUGCAAUAUAAUCAACUUUUGCUUAU